GUCAAAACACAGGAUCCACAUUCGACCAAGUUUGUAUCCCGUAUUGCUAGUUUUGGGCCGACUGUUUCCGUCAACCCUGGAAGGAUCUGACACUAGCCUCAACCUGAGUGCAUUCAUCCCUUAUGUUAUCAGAUGUGCUGCCAGUCCUGUGUACAAGACACGAGUGAUUGCUUCCAGAGCACUGCUGCCAUUGGCUAAGAGGAAUCAGGUGAUCGGUAUUUGCUGUCAGCUAUUGGAGUGUAUACCCGAAGCAAGAACCAAUGAGAAUGUUUUCAGUAGUCAAGUUCAUGGCCUACUUCUGCAGUUGUGCCAGCUGGCAAAACUUAUCCAAGAAAUGGCAGCAAGCAUAGAGGAUGCAGUUUUCCACUCCAUUGUCUCCAGCCUACGCAAGCGAACAUGGAUGAUCUCCAGCGACAAUACUUGCUCCGCCACACGACAAGCAGCGCUACUGCUGACGGAUGUCGUUCUGGAUAUCUCAGGGACAGGGAAUCACAGGUUUCCAGAAUCUGCUAAAGUCGUGGAGGAACUUGGGAGAAUAUUUCUGUCGGCUUUACUACAGGACAGUAGCUCUUCAGAGCAGGUCUGGCAGCCAUUGUACUUUGACUUGGAGAAGACCAGAGCCAUGUUGUGUCUGAAGCAUGUAGCUGGUGUCAGUACUGUGUCUGCUGGUGUCAGUGCUGUGUCUGCUGGUGUCAGUACUGUGUCUGCUGGUGUCAGUGCUGUGUCUGCUGGUGUCAGUACUGUGUCUGCUGGUGUCAGUGCUGUGUCUGCUGGUGUCAGUGCUGUGUCUGCUGGUGUCAGCACUGUGUCUGCUGGUGUCAGUGCUGUGUCUGCUGAUGUCAGUACUGUGUCUGCUGGUGUCAGUACUGUGUCUGCUGGUGUCAGUACUGUGUCUGCUGGUGACAGCACUGUGUCUGCUGGUGUCGGUACUGUGUCUGCUGGUGACAGCACUGUGUCUGCUGGUGACAGCACUAUGUCUGCUGGUGUCAGCACUGUGUCUGCUGGUGUCAGUACUGUGGCUGCUGGUUCUGCUGCCUCCCGAGCUGAAAGCACAGAGUUGGCAGAUAAAUUGUCCUUCACAACUUCUAAAAUUGGACUCAAGGAUGUGCUAAUGAAGCUGCUGGAUUCUCCACUCUACGAGGUCAGGCUUGAAGUUCUAGACCUCCUGUGGAAUUUCUUGAGGACAGAUGGCAUAAAGAAGGGUCAGGAUCUUAGCUCAACUAAGUGUGGUAACGUGAAUGCCAGUUCUGGGGACUUUGAAUCAUGUACCUCUGCUGUUGAAACUGAGAAGGUGAACUGUGGACUCAGUAAUGUAACCUUAGAGCAGCUGUCUCCUGCUUUAUUUGAUCACAUCCUCACCAUGGCCCUGGAGACAGAAACCCACCACGAGUGCUUACAGAAG